AUUCUCGGAGCUCGAAACUGAAAAGAAAUUUCUGAUCUUGCAUCAAUACAGCAGCUUGUUUGAAGCCUCACUCAUUGCCGAAAAUCUGAGCAUUUCUCUCGAAAGCUGCCUGCAUCUAAAAGGUGAAAAAGAUGUUUGAGAUCUCAACGAGAUGCUUGAAUGGUACAAGCCGAAGUACUAAGCAUUGCCACUGUCUCCAGAAGUUGUUCUGGAAGCAAUGUGCUCUGGAACCUGGUCAGCUCUCUUGAGCUCAGCGACGUACGUGAGCUGGAGAGACGCAGUCGCCCCGACCACACAGGGACCCCUCUGGAUUAAUGGCGCACCUGGAGCAGGCAAGACUGUUCUGGCCGCGGCCAUCGUGGACGAUAUAUCGCGUCAGAGAGACACGACAGUGGUCCACAACUUCUUCAGAGGCGACUGUGAAGAGACCAUACUGGAAGUCUUCCGGCAUGUUGUCUACCAGAUUCUGCCACGGCCAAAAGCAGCUUCUCAGGUCGCAGUCCGUAUGUACAAGAAGAAAGAGGCCCGCAAUGCCUCCGUUCUCUCGAAAGAUCUUAUCGACAUCAUCUGAGACAUUUUGGCCAACUACAGCUAUUUCUACAUCGUACUCGAUGGGUUGGACGAGUCUCCGCAG